GCCUGGUUUCGGUUUCCAGACUGGCUGGCUGCAGAGCUGAGAAGCAGAGCGUUCGUUGCCUGGAGACACCUUCUUUCAGUCUGUCUAUCCCUCGCUCAUCUUCCCCAGCGUUUAUUUGGAGAAAGGCUGAAAACUUCUCCCCGAGCAAAAGCACCGAGAAUUCACUCCAAGGGACGGGGUGAUCGCGCAGAGAUGGAUCUAACCCCUGACCUGUACCAGACCCCUGGGGACAGUCUGGAGCACUUUGUGCAGCACAGCCUUCAGCCCCAGAGGGACUGGAAAGAGAAAGGGAAGGACGCCUGGGGGAGAGUUGAGAGGUUCUUUCGGGACCAAUGUUUCCGGGAUGAGCUGCUUCUGGACCAAGAAGUCAAGGUGCUUAAAGUGGUGAAGGGGGGCUCCUCAGGAAAGGGGACAACGUUGAACCACAGAUCUGACCAGGACAUGACUCUGUUCCUGAGCUGCUUCUCCAGUUUCAGACAUCAGGCGACAUACAGAGAAUUCAUCAUCAAGUUCAUUGAAGCAAAGCUGCUUCACUGCAGGAAAAGCCUGGCCUACAAUAUCACUGUGGUUCACCACAGAGCAGGGAACAGGACCCCUCGCUCCCUGACCUUAGAGAUCCAGCCCAGGAAGAAUGACGACGUUAUUUGGAUGGAUGUCCUGCCGGCUUACGAUGCUUUGGGAUCCUUUUCCCGAGACUCGAAACCAGACCCAGAAAUCUACGAAGAUCUGAUACUGACUAAGGGCAACCCCGGGGAGUUCUCGCCGAGCUUCACAGAGUUGCAGAGACAUUUUGUAAAAAGCCGCCCAGUUAAACUGAAGAACCUCCUCCGACUGGUGAAGUUCUGGUACAAGCAGUACCUGAGAAGCAAGUAUAGAAGAGCAGCAUUGCCCCCAAAAUAUUCUCUGGAGCUACUGACCAUCUAUGCCUGGGAAAUGGGUACAGAGAGCAACAACAACUUCAGUUUGGACAAAGGGUUUGUAGCCUUGAUGGAACUCCUCAGAGACUACCAAGACAUCUGCGUAUUCUGGACCAAGUACUACAAUUUCCAAAAUGAAGUCGUCAGAAACUUCCUCAAACAACAGCUGAAGGGAAGCCGGCCCAUCAUCCUAGACCCAGCUGACCCCACCAACAACUUAGGGAGUAGAGACGGAUGGGACCUGGUGGCCAGAGAAGCUUCCUACUGCCUGCAGCAGAGCUGUUGCUGGACUGGAGACCCCAGAGGGGGCUGGAAUGUACCGGCAGCAAGGGACGUCCAUGUGACCGUGAAACAAACAGGGAGAGAACCCUGGAGGCUCUGGGUAGACCCCUAUAGUCCCAUCAGGGAGAUGAAGGCACAGAUCAAAAGUACAAAUGGCACCUUCGGGGAGCUACGCAUCUCCUUCCAGGAUCCACAGGGGGACAGGCAGCUGCUCAGCAGCCACAAGACGCUAUCGGAUUAUGGGAUAUUCUCUAAGGUGACUGUCCAGGUGCUGGAGACCUUUUUUCCUGAGAUCCAAGUCUUUGUGAAGGACUCCAGUGGCCAGAGCAAGCCUUACGCCAUCCACCCUGACGCUACCAUCUACAAACUGAAGGAGAAGAUUGAAGAUGCUGGAGGACCUUACAGGGAGAAUCAGAUGCUGAUGUCGGGGAAUAAGAAGCUGAAAAACAGUUGCAGCCUUGCAAAGCUACAGAUAAAAGACUGUGACACCAUCCAGGUCAUCAGGUUGACCUAGUUGUAGUCUGCCUAGUGCAUGGUGUCAACACUUAACGCCUUCCUGCCUCAUCCCUUUACCCAGACACUGCGUUCACUUUCACUCUGUAGCCUAAAUAUCAACAUCUCCUUCUCUUGCUUAAAACCCUGUGUUUCCCCACACAUACAUACAGAAUGAAGUCCGAGCUUUUUUGCUUAAUAGCCAGUCUAAUCAAGCCGAGCCCUACUUCCUUCUGCAUCCCCACCCAAAACUCGCACCGAAUGCCGAGUCACACGCCCCCAUCACUUUGAGUCAGCUAUCCUUACCCCUUGACCCGUGCUUUCACGCUUCCAGACUCGGACUUGUAAGGUACUGGAUCUCAAAGUGCAGACCUCAGACUGACAAACUCACCGUUACUCCAGGGACCUCUCAAAAAAGAAAACUAACUGGAAUCACAUAGCCCAGCGAGGCGACAGUCAGUGCCAGGACAAGCCCUCCAAGUUGUUCUGAUGCAUGCUCAAGUUUGCAAGCAACUGCUGUAUAGCCCUUGCAGCUGGCCAGGUCAUCUCCAUGCAGCUGGCCAGGUCAUCUCCAUGCAGCUGGCCAGGUCAUCUCCAUGCAGCUGGCCAGGUCAUCUCCAUGCAGCUGGCCAGGUCAUCUCCAUGCAGCUGGCCAGGUCAUUGUGUGCUUGGACUCUCUCUCUUUGUCCAUAGUAGCCUUGGGAGAGGAGGUGGGGUGUUAAUCAUGUUUUGUUAGCUCUAUCUAGAACAAUGAGACUUGAUUUUUCUUGAAUGCCUUAUACCUUGACCCUUGUGGUCUGGAAUGGUACCAAUCCAGUGUAAAUGUUUGACAUGUGCCUGCUGAAUAAAUAAAUGAACUAAAGAACGGC